AUGCUGCUCAAACGCAAGCGGUCCGACGACCAGCUCUCGCCCUUUGGCAGCUCGUCUCCGCUUAGGGUCACCACCGCCGGCGACGUCGCCACGCUGGACAUGGACGUCGACAUGGACAUGAACUCGGAUACGCAUCUCGACAUGGGCAUCGACAGCCCACUCUCCGCCAUGACCAUCCGCUCCCCGAGCCGCUCGUGCACGCCGUCCCACCUGCCCAGCCGAACCUUCAAGCGCCUGCGCAACGGACGCCCCUCGGACCACGAGGUUCACCAGAACACCCUGCAAAUGCUGUACCGCGCUCAGCAACGGCCCCAGCAGCCCCAGCAUGUCUUCUCCCCGCCGCCCGCCGCCAGCCCCUCUAUCGCGCCGUCGCCAGUCUCGUCUGUUCAGCCUCGCCCACCCGCCGCACCCGCGCCCGCGCCCGCGCAGAGCCAGCGCUCCUUGCACAGCUUCUGGGACAUCCCUUCCAGUCAGCAGUCGCCGCCCGUUCCGGCCCUGUCGUCUGCCCCGGGCCCCUCUGUCGACGCCAUCGUCGAUCACCCCACGACCUGUGAUGACUGCGGCGUUGAGCUGGGCGGCGAAGACGCAGCAGUAGAUGACGGAUACGGCUUUGAGACAUACAUCAGUUCCUGCAGCCUGUGCUGCAAGGCUGUGUGCUUCUCGUGCUCUGUUAGUAACCUCGGCGAACAGCGACGGUGUCUGGUCUGCGCCGGCAAGGAAGACACGCGGAAGACGUGGGUCGGCACUGCCGGAUGGACCUCGGAGCCUAUCUGGUACGAGAGCAGGCCCGAGAUCUUGUCACGCCAACUUGAUGGAUUCCUCGAAAAGGUGCCCUCGACGAUAGACGGCAAACAGCUACCCGUCCCCAAGUCCAGAGUCAUCAUAGCCCCACAUGCAGGCUACUCCUACUCUGGCCCCUGCGCCGCCUGGGCCUACAAGUCUCUCGACCUGUCCGCUGCCAAGCGAAUUUUUGUCCUGGGGCCUUCCCACACCUACUACCUGAAGGGAUGUGCACUAAGCACCUUCGCGAGCUACGAGACACCCUUUGGCAAGCUGACGGUGGACGCCCAGACGGUCGAGGCGUUGCGGGAGACGGGCAAGUUCAGCGACAUCCCUGCGUCGAGUGACGAGGAUGAGCACAGCCUGGAGAUGCAUUUGCCGUACGUAUGGAAGAGGUUGGAACAGACGCAUGCCGAGAGCAGCCCGGCAGCGUAUCCACCUAUCGUGCCAAUCCUAGUCGGCGACAACAACGGUGCAAAGGAGAAGGAAUUCGGCCAGUUGCUGGCCAAGUACCUCGAGGAUCCGGACAACGCGUUUGUGGUGUCCUCCGACUUCUGCCACUGGGGAUCGCGCUUCUCGUACACGGCCUACGUGCCGUCCGCGGACAAGCUAGAUCAACUGAGAAUGCUUUCGCGAAGGGCAGCAGAUACGGAGACGCCCAUACACGAGGGAAUCAGGGUCUUGGAUGAGCUGGCCAUGGAAGCGGUUGCUUCGGGGGACCAUGACAGGUUCGUUGAUAACCUGAAGGUGACUAGGAACACAGUAUGCGGGCGUCAUCCUAUCGGUGUGACAAUGGCAGCCAUGGAAGCCGUUGGCGCAGGGCCUUUCCAGCUCCUGCGAUACGAGAGGAGCAGCCUGGUGGAGAGGCUCGAUGACUCCAGUGUCAGUUAUGCAUCGUUCUACGCCGUCGCCUGA